AUGCGUCUCUCCGUCGACACAGCAGCCUCCCUCUUUGCACUGGCAGCAACAGCUGCAGCGGCCGCUCAACCAAAAGCCCUUUCCCUGGUCUCAGCUGGCGACACGGCGCCCAUUCCGGCUUGGGAUGUCCAGUCCUCGGCCAAAAUUACACAGGAUCCGGCGGCUCUGUCCAAACCAGGAGCCGCUGCCGCUUCUUCGUCAUGGCAUCAUGCGCCCGUCUCGCGAUGCACGGUAUUUGGCUGUCUCCUUGCCGCGGGCGUGUACAACGACAGCGACCUGUUUUUCUCGGACCACCUGGCAGCCAUCGACAAGGCGCAGUUCCAAGUGCCAUGGCUGUACCGCAGCGAGUUCACAAUUGCAUCUGGAGUACCGUCGGAGAGUGGCUCCUCCUCCUACAGCAACAGCAGCAGCAGCAGCACAUACUACCUUCUGGAAACAAACGGCAUCACGUCACGGGCCGAUAUUUAUCUGAAUGGCCAGCAGGUCGCCGACAAAGUGACACAGAGCGGCGCAUACGGCGGACACGUGUACGAUGUGACGUCUGCCAUUCAGUCUGGAAGCGGAAAGGAAAACGGCAGUGCCCAUGCCAUUGUCGUCCGCGCGUAUCCAACCAACUACCUCCAAGACUUUGGCCUGGGCUUUGUGGACUGGAAUCCAUACCCGCCGGACAACGGCACGGGCGUGUGGCGGGACAUCAAUCUGCGCAAGACGAGGGCCGUCGCCAUUGAGUCGUUCAGCGUGGUCACUGCGGGCACAAACGGCACCGUCACGAUCCGGGCGACCGUGCGCAACCUGGGCGCGGCGAGCGUCAAUUUUGCUGCCGAAGCGAGCAUUUUCCGGGAUGGCGGAUCGUUGGCGGCUUCGGACGCAGCCCUGUCGUCAGUAUCAUCGCCGUCGACCCAGCUGGGCCCGGGGCAGACCACACGCAUCGUCUUGACAGCCACCGUGGACGCGCCGGCCAUCUGGUGGCCGCGGCAGUGGGGCGACCAGCCUCUGUACACUGCACAGCUCACCGUGUCGGCGCCGGCCACGACAUCAUCGCGGUCGUCCGUCGUCAAGUCGGACGCGGCCACCAAGUCGUUUGGGUUCCGCGAGGUCGCGGCCCGGGUCAGCAGCGCCGACGACAUUCUGUUUUCCAUCAACGGCAAGCCAUUCCAGGUGCUCGGCGGAGGCUACGCGUCCGACGUGUUUCUGCGAUGGGACGCGGCCCGAUUCGAGGCGCACGCCCGCUACACGCUCGACAUGGGCCUCAACACGAUCCGCCUCGAGGGCAAGAUGGAGCAGCCGGAGCUGUAUGCAAUCGCCGACCGUCUGGGUCUGAUGGUGCUGCCCGGCUGGGAGUGCUGCGACAAGUGGGAGGCCUGGUCGUACAACGACGACCUGCCCAAGCCGGUCGCCGUGUGGUCGGAUGCCGACUAUGCGACGGCCAACGCCAGCAUGCGCCACGAGGCCGCCAUGCAGCAGAGCCACCCGAGUUUGCUGGGCUUCUUGGUCGGCAGCGACUACUGGCCCGACGACCGCGCGACGGCCAUCUACACGGCCGCGCUGGCCGACGCCGGCUGGCAGGCGCCCGUCGUGGCCUCGGCGGCCAAAGCAGGCUAUCCCAAGGCGCUGGGGCCGGGCGGCAUGAAGAUGCCGGGUCCGUACGAUUGGGUGCCGCCCAACUACUGGUACGACAUCACGGACCCGGCCACGGUCGACGACGACGUGCGCUACGGCGCGGCUUUUGGCUUUGGGUCGGAGCAGGGGCCGGGCGGCGGCACGCCGACGCUCUCGAGCCUCAAAAAGUUCUUGUCGACGGCCGAUCUCGACGAUCUCUGGCGCGCGCCCAACAAGGGCCUGUACCACAUGUCGACGGCGGCGUCCUCGUUCCACAACCGCACCAUCUUCAACACGGCGCUGUGGCAGCGGUACGGCGCGCCGACGUCGCUCGACGACUACCUCCUCAAGACGCAAAUGGCCGACUACGAGGCCACGCGGGCCGCGUUCGAGGGCUUUGCGGCCAACUGGGGCCUCGCGGGCGCGGCCAGCACGGACGCCAACAGCAGCAGGCGGCCCGCGACGGGCCUCGUCUACUGGAUGCUCAACGGCGCGUGGCCGGCGCUGCACUGGGCGCUCUUCGACUACUACCUGCACCCGGCGGGGGCCUACUACGGCGUCAAGGCGGCCCUGGGCACGGGCGCGCUGGAGCACGUCGCGUACGACUAUGUGCGCCAGGCGGCCGUGCUCGUCAACCGGUCGCAGAACCAGACGGGCGUGCGGAUGGUGCGCGCCGAGCUGAUCAACGCGGCCGACGGCGCCGUCAUCAGCAACAUCACGACGUCGACCAAGGAAAGGACGACGGUCGCCGUGCCCAACAGCAGCCGCACGGUGCUCCCCAUCCAGGGCGUGUCGACGCUCCAGGACGUCGCUCUGCUGCGCCUCACGCUGCUGGACGGCAUCGCGCCGUCGGCCGGCGUUCUGAGCCGCAGCGUCUACUGGCUGAGCGCCGCCGGCGUGGACACGCUCAGCUGGGACGACUCCAACUGGUACUACACGCCCGUGGCCAAGUACGCCGGCUUCCAGUCGCUCGACAAGCUGCCGGCGGCGAACGUGACGGCAGCUCGGGAGACGAGGGCGGCGGCGGCCACCAACGGCUCUCAUUCUGCCGAGACGGUCAUCCGCCUCGAAAACCACUCGGCUGUCCCGGCCGUGUUUGUGUCGCUGAAUCUCGUCGACGCAGAGGGCGCCGAUGUGACGCCUGUCACAUGGUCCGACAAUUAUGUGACGCUGUUCCCGCACGAGACGCGGACGUUGACAGUGCAGGAGCUGGCAUCUGCGCUGGGCAUCGCCGGCGCAGCUCGGGGCGUGGCCGUGCAGGUGACGGGCAAGAAUGUGGCCAAGGCAACGGUGACGUUGUAG